UUUAUCUGAGUUGCUGGAAUGGGCUUCCAUAAAAAUCACACCUUGAACCUUCAAACCGAGUAGCAAAUGAAAGGGAAGCCAGUCAACGUAAGUGGCUUUGGGCAUGAUUUGAACUGAAGAUCUCUUUAAACAUUCACCCACAAACAUCUCUAGGGUUUACAGAGAGGUCUGAAAAAAUAUCCAGCGAGCAGCAGGUGUGUUAAUGAAAAUGUCUUGUUGAUGAUAGAGGUCAGAGGAUAACGGGUAGACUAGUUCUGUAGGCUAGUGUCUUUGAUUUACAUCAUGUUGACAGAAGAAGAAGAAGAAUAAAAGUCAUAAGGUGUUUCACAAGCACAAUAAAUAGAUAAACAAAAUUUAAUCAUCACAGCAGGUGUGUCUCCUGUUGGCUAACCGGAUCCUUCCACCGGAUGCGUAGGCGUAACAUUUUUGAAGUGUUGAAAGUUGCAUUUCUUACACUUUGAGUAUAUUUUUUUACACAUUACGCUUCCAGAACAUGUCAAACUCAGCCGUUCAGAUCGGGCCAGACAGAAAGUCAAACACGAAAGCAGCGUAAAACAUCUGGAAAGUUUCAAAAUAAAAGUUAUGUGCAGAUUUCCAGUUGCUUAACUAGUCAAAAAAGAACGUGAUUUCCUGUGAAACCGCCGUAGCCGAGGUAAACAGAACAGAAAAUAAACCACAGACAUUGCUGAGUCAAUGCUGCCAUCUUUCUCCUGGCUUGUUUUCAGGAAAAGUCAAAGCAUCAGCAGCAGCCUCACAACCAGACCCGUCUGAUGAUUGCAUCACCCCCGUCUCCUCUGCAUCAGGUCCUGCAUCUUUGGAGCCUCCACUAUCAGUUCCUCCAGUUACUUGCCCUCAAAAAUCCAUUGAGGAGAACCACAUCACCCUUAAGACUGAAGCCGGUAUCAGGCCUUGCACUCCUUCCUGGAACGCCUGCAGAAUCUUCAGCUUCCUCAGCAUCACCGGCAGUUUCUGGUCAGUCAGUGUUAGGCCACCCCACCACACUUGCUCAUCCUUCAGCAGUCUCUGCAGCGAGAGAUCCACCAGCUCUGUCUCAUAGACCUGCUGUCCCAUCGAUUGCCAGCUAUGAACAGGAUAUGAGCCGAUGGAACUGCUCUCACCAGCAAAGGAUUUGGAUGAAGACGGAGAUGGGUCUGUGGCCUGGAUCUCGACCGUUGAGACACCCAGUGAACAUGAUCUCAUUGUGGCGUAACCCCCCUCAGCCAGAGCUCAUCGACUCCAUCUAUGAACUGCCAUCACCCAAAUAUUUUCAGCUGCAUCCAUUUUUCAUCUGGAAACCAGAGCAUGCCAUCAUGGAAAGAGUGCGUAACAACUACUCACUUCCAUGCCUCUACAACUGUUCAAACCCCCAUGUGGUCUCGUCAGGAGUUGGUCGGCCUCGUGUUGUCCUUGGAGCAAGUGGGCAGUACUACAUCCUGGCCUCACGCCUCAGCUGUAGAGUCUGCAAGAAGUUCUGGUUUGCAGAUAAACCUCAAUGGGUCAACAUUGCUGCCAAACAGAUUCCGCAGCAUUUUUCCAGCAUUUCUGACCCACAAGAAAGGCAUAUGCAGGACCGUGAUGGAUGAGCUGCGGCACUCAGGAAAGUCUCCAGAUGACAUGGCCAACCAGCUAAAUGAAGUUCUCCAUCGUAAGUACGAGCGUACUCACCUGGCAUACCUCUCCUCUGUUCAAAACAUAAUGGAUGGAGACUGUGGACUGUAUGGCCAGCGGACCAUCACUGCAACUCUGAGGACAACUGCUGCUCCUGCUGCUUUUGGGAUGUACGGUGAUGUUGAUGGCUGGCAUGGAGUAGCUGUUGAAGCUCAUUACCUGGUUGACUGUCUCAUUCAGGAGUAGGGCUGCUCGAUUAUGGCAAAAAUAAUAAUCACGAUUAUGGUGACUGAAAUUGAGAUCACGAUUAUUUAGGACGAUUUUUCAAUUUAUGUUGAUUUUAUUUGUUUUUAUUCAGUCAUAAAACUGCUCAGGGCACAAUCAGGACAAAAAUAAGAAACAAGAUGAUCACUAAAAUAACUCCUGAUUCCCAGUAUAAAAAGACCAAUAUACUUAUAGCUCAUAGUCUAUGACCCAAGGGCUAUAGACCUUGGUUUAACUCAUGUAAGUCUAACCAGUACAGAUCCAAAUACCAAUAUCUUGCAAAUACUGACAGCAAGAAUUAUACAGUGGCAUUUAUAACAAAUAAAUGCAAAUAAAUUGAUGUUCACAAAAUGUUGCAGAACAUUUAUUGAGUCGUUUCAAGGUGCGGUAGGAGAGUGCACUAGCACCGUGUCCUCAGAGAGAUUAGUUAUUAGCGUGAGGAACUUAUUUCUACCUUAUUUAUAAACUAUUUAUUUACAGGCCCAUCAGUUAAUAUAAUAAUUGUCCCAACCACAGCUGCACC